GGAUAAUGCGCGACAAGUAGCACAUACAGAUAUAAAGCGAACAUGUCGAGGGUGCCGAUUCAGUCGCUCGCGACACGUGUGUGCGACUCGUCGGGAUCGAGGCAGCAGCAGGAAGUGACUCCGCAACACUCCUCCCCGGUGACUACGCAAAGGGACUCCGAGAGAGCGAAGGGAGGCAGUCACUCUGAUCGAAGAAGUGCGCGAUUUUUAAUUAAUUGAGAUAUCAAUUGAUGAGAAAAAAGGAAACAAAGACGUCGUCGCGUGUCUGGUAAAUCUUCAAGGAUGAUCUCCGCGUGGAAAACGUGCUGUGCCCGACUGCCACAACGAUGGGUAUUCGCCAUUAUGGGAUUUUUGGCGAUCCUGAACGCCUAUACCAUGAGAAUCUGCCUCUCGAUCACUAUUACGGAAAUGGCGUAUCCGAUAAAACACAAUUAUACGGACGAUACAUGUGAGAUGCCGGAAUCGAAAACACGAGAGAGCAACAUAACGGGUGAGGCGCGCUAUGAUUGGGAUGAACAAACGCAGGGUAUCAUUCUUUCGUCGUUCUAUUGGGGCUACGUGAUCACGCAUCUGCCAGGCGGCAUGUUGGCCGAGAAAUUCGGCGGCAAGUACUCCCUCGGGCUCGGCAUUCUCUCGACCGCGAUAUUCACGCUGUUGACGCCGGUGGUAGUCAAGUGGGGUGAACACAACGGUCUGAUAGUGCUGCGGAUCCUCAUGGGUCUCGGUGAAGGCACUACCUUCCCAGCGCUGAACGCUAUGCUGGCGCAAUGGACACCGCCGGAGGAGAGAUCGGUGAUCGGCUCGAUGGUAUUCGCUGGCGCCCAGCUCGGUACCGUAGUAGCCAACUUGCUAUCCGGCCUGAUUAUUCAUUACUACUCAUGGCCUGCGGUAUUCUACGUGUUUGGCGGGCUCGGCGCCCUCUGGUUCUUCGUGUGGGUGCUGAUAUGUUAUAACAACCCCUAUGAGCACCCAUUCAUCUCUGAGCGCGAAGUCAAAUACUUGCAUGAACGGAUGAACGAACACACCCACACGAAACCGCCAUCCGUACCCUGGCGGCAUAUGCUGAGCUCGGUGCCCAUCUGGGCACUGAUCGCUGCCCAGGUGGGCCACGAUUGGGGCUUCUUCACCAUGGUCACCGAUCUGCCCAAGUACAUGAGCAGCGUGUUGCACUACUCCAUCAAAGACAACGGCUUCGUGUCAGCGUUGCCAUAUCUCGUGAUGUGGUUCUGCAGUCUGGGAUCGUCCUGGCUGGCCGACUGGAUGAUCACCAGGAACAUCAUGUCGCGCACCAACGUACGGAAACUUGGCACCACGAUUGCUUCCGUAGGUCCAGGGGUCUUCAUCAUCGCUGCAUCCUACGCGUCGUGCGACAAGACGCUCGUGGUGGCCAUGUUCACUAUUGGCAUGGCUCUGAUGGGUACCUUCUAUCCCGGGAUGAAAGUCAACGGGUUGGAUCUCAGUCCCAACUACUCCGGCACUCUGAUGGCGUUGGUGAACGGUAUCGGCGCGUUCACCGGUAUCAUCACGCCGUACAUCGUCGGCGUGUUGACACCGGAGCAGACCCUUGGUCAAUGGCGGAUCGUCUUUUGGAUCGUAUUCGGUGUCUUCAUCCUUACCAAUGUGAUCUUCGUCAUAUAUGCAAGCGGUGAGGUCCAAGAGUGGAAUGAUCCGGACUUCGUUACGAAGGAUCGUGAGGAGAGGCGGCGGCGCAAGCAGCAGAAGAAGCAGAAAGUGCCUGAGAAGGCAUGAAAGCGUCGUCUCGGAUGACUGCUGCUUUUCGCGACGCCGGAAAAACUGAGUGCUUGCACUCCACGAGCAGGAAAAGAGCCACAAAUGUUUUUCCUCUUCAAGAGGAAACAACCUCGCGCGUCCAAGAAGCCGACUAUCUCUUCUUCUUCUCUCUGUCUCUCUCUAUCUCUAUCUCUCUCUUUCAACAAGUCUCAAGGUCCGCUUCUUUUGUGGUUUCGCCAUGAUUUUCGAUAACGAUCUCAUCUGAUGAGAUAUGUAAGAGAGACGCACAUCUUUUCGAUCCUCGCGCGUAAUCCUUGAAUAAUAAAUGUGUCGAGCGCGCCGUUUCUCGGAUGCAUGAAUUGACAGGAGAGACUUUCACGCAGACGAGUCUUCUACCCCGAAAGGAGGAGCCGUAUUAGAAACAAUUAAAAACGAUAAGCUAAUAUAAUGAUUGUACAUAUAACACUAGCGAUUCCGUUAAGAUAUGAUUAAGUAGAUUUAGCGAAUUCGAAUCAUCGACUCUCUGUAUAAAUCGCGCCGGAGUGCAUAGAUCGUUACGAGUGUCAUCGCGAGCAAUCUCGCCUCUUGCGGUCUUCUAGAAGAUGAAAUCUUCUAUCGUUGCGAAAGAGCAAUCGGUCACGUUGACAAGUAGCUGAUCCCCAUCAGUUCCAGUUACGUCAGACGCGGCUAUUAUUCGACAGCCAAAAAUGCAAAUAAAAAGCCAAAGAUAGACAGGCCCGACGAUGAUCCAAAUUUCCUCGGGCGAUUCUAUCUUUCGCCUCGUAAAUUCCGCUCGACGUAAAAUGUGUAUAAUGUUGUAUAUAAUAAUACGCCGACUUGUGAAAAAUGCGCCGUGAUUAUACAUGUAAAAUGCCACAUAUCUCGAUGUCGUUCCACGUCAUCGAACAACGCAAGAGCGGUGAUUUCGACAAAGUCACGCGUGCGGGAACUUACUAAAAACCGCAGACAUUACGUAAUACGCGCGAGUCAUUUUCUUUCUUCGUAAUCGCGUCGUUACUGCAUGUUACGCCUAAUUAUUCGUGUUCUAAUUCUAUCUACCGUAUCGCUAUAAUCGCCCGUAUUACGUAUAAGCUAGUUAUAUAUGUAUAUGAUUGUUUCCUCCGUAGCGGCAAUUUACUCAAAUCGUGCUUUAUCAAAUGUACACAAAAUUGCUCGAGGAACAAGAUAACAAUUAAAGCGGAAAGGAACGCGUUUGCGCUCCUCGGAUAUCGCGACGCGAAUUAAGUUCGACGCCGACUUUCUCACACGUUCUUAUCGUACAUUUGACAGGAUGAGCGCAUGUACAUACAUACUCUUGCGGAGGCAUCGACGGGCGUGUAACGAUUCGUGUUACCGCAAAUCGUCAAUUUUUGCGUUCUUACUACAUAUUCACCGAUUUAUCAGCUGAUCGAUAAAUUACGCACGUAAUUCCGCGAACCUGUUUUACAAAAUCCAGAUCAAUCCAGCUACUCUCUUAUCACCCUUUCACUGUUCUACAUUCUAGCAUAGUUCUACCGAGUUCGAGAUACUCUGAUGACAUGUCGAAGAAUGUUUCGAUUGAAUGUACUUUCACGUAAAAAAAAUUUAAGUACAAAUAAGAACGACUGAAAUACUUCAUCCUAUAUAAUAAAAUCACGAUGCACCGCACGCGCGGUACGAAAUUGUCGAAAUUCUUUCGACUGACGAACCGAUGAUGUUUCACGUAAGCGAGAUUACAAACGCCGAGCAGAGAAACGAUAAACGGUGUGCUGAUAAUAUUAAAAAAAGCCAGUCAAGAUAUUUCAUAAUUUCACGUAAGCACAUACGAUUGGGAAUCGAUUAAAUUACAGCGGAUAUAUUCGGCAGUCAGAUCCAGUAUCAUGUCUGAUAAGCGCAAGAAAUCAUCUGAUGGACUAUCAUUGAGCGAUUAAUCAGACACGAUAAUGUAUCAAAGUAUCAUUUCGCAAAUUUUUUCGGCCGGCUUGUUUCGCACCGUUUGCCUCAGAAAUCGAAAAUGAUAUAGAUCUAAUUGCUAAUCCGUAAUAAGAGUUUAUAAUUGGCCGUGACAAUUGCAAGAUCUCGCGACGAAGAUCAACUGAACUGACCAACGGUAAUUCCCGGUAAUUCCAUACUUGCAGUCUCAUUCACGUGUCUUGUUUAGAACUGUAUAAUUUUUAGAAAUGUAAUUGUGAUCACACACGUUACAAUUAAAGAGUUUAUUUUUCUUGUUACUGAUCUCAAGUUUCUAUUCGUUUUCAAUAUCUGUGAUAUUUUAUUUGUUUCAAUGUCUGCGAUGCUGAUGCAAAAGUGAUGCUCGCAAGCCACGACAGGAACUCACCGCAUACGUUGCGUGCAUUAUUACGUUAAUGAUGGUCGAGUACAAUAGCAGGAUUGCCCCCAGCUGUAAUUGCUACACUACCCAAUUUUUAACGAGGUUUAUGCAGGACUCGUUUUGCGAAAUAAACGCUAAUUAGUCGACGUAUCUGCGGAACAUGUUUUGAAUACGAAGAACACCGCAUGUCAAUGUUAUUUGAAACGUAUUUCCCGUACAGAUCAGUUGAAGCGUUAAUCAAAUCCUCAUUUAAUUGAAAGAAAACAUAUUAAGCUUGCAAGCGAUUUCAAUUUAUUUUAAUUGAAAUAAAAUAUCGCUCCGUGAUCAUUGUCUCUUAAAUUUCUCUAAUUCCAUAUAUGUUAGGAGAACACUUGUGAUUUUGUACAAAAAUAUUAAUAAUAAUCAAGAUGCAAUUG